AAUGGAAGAAGACGAGGUAGACAUGCAGAACGAAGCGUCUCUCUAUGCAGAUAUAAUGGGACUACACAAAUCCUCAAGCGUCAAUUCCUUAGGUGGAGUAGCUGCACGAGCGGCCGCAACAGGCAUGAUUCCAGGGCCAACAUCUGGAAAGCGAAAGAGGAGGAAAAAUCCACUUUUGGGUUUGGACUUCGGAACUGGAAAUUAUACAUCGACUAGCUCAGAUUAUGAUUCUGAUAGUUCUUAUUAA